AAUAACUUAUUUCCUGACUCAGUCACAGCAUUCGGAACAUUCAGAUGUUAGUUGAGAAGUGUCCUCUUGAGUUGUGAGGUGAACAUUUGGACAGGACUUUGGAUUAAAUCUCCUCAUCCUUGAAGAAACCCUUCCUCAUCUGUCAGGUCAUUCCUUUCCAGUUUGGAUGUUUAGCUGAAGUUAUGGAAUUUGCAUACAGUCACAUUGUGUACAAUUCACAAAACAUACCUUCCCCAAAUUCCAGAAAUAGAGACCAUGAACAAAGGCAUGAUAGACCAGCUUCUAUUCCAGAUCUUGUCGAAAAUCAAACAUAUUCAAGCACAAGCUUCAGACCUCUACCAACACAGUCCAGUCACAGUCUUCAUCAGUAUGACAACCGAUUCCUGAAAUCACCUGGAGAUGAGAAUAACUGUGUAUAUGCUACUGUUCCAAAAUCUUCACAUGGGAACCGAGCAAAACGUCCAACACCUCCUGCCAGAAGCAAAAGAUCAACACCAAUAGAUGAGGAAGACAACCAGGCUCCACCUCUGCCUCCACGUCUUAAUUCUUUCAACACACGUCAGCUGUCUGCAACUCUGCCAUGUUCACUGAACGAACCUCCUCUGGUCCCUCCUCCAAGGCCUAAACGAACUUUUCCAGCCCCUAAGAACUCUGGUUCUCACCUGAGCAAGAAAGCUAAUGUAAACGUGGUCUCUGUUAACCUGGGAAAAUUGGUAGAUAUCAGUAAUGUGCAAAGCCAGGCUGUGAAAGCGAUCUACUGCCAAAGGUGUUCAGCAGCUUUGUCCAGCAUUAGUCGGAUUCACCAGAAAUAUGCAGAUAUUAUAUGGCCUUGCGAAUUUUGUAAUAAACGUAAUGUGGUCACUCGAUCCUUCAAUACGAUACCCACCAGUCAAGAUGUCAUGUAUCUCUCAGGGUUUGUCAGUGAAGACUACAUAAAUGUGGAUGACUCCUUGGUUGUUUUCUGCAUUGAUGUCUCUGGAAGCAUGUGUGCAACAAAUGAGAUUGAGGUUGCUGAUGACAUUUCCAGAACAGUUCAUAUAUCAAGACUGCAGAGUGUUCAAGAAGCCAUCUUGAAAUCUUUGAGUCUCAUGACUCAGACCUGUCCUCAAAAGCGAGUCGCCUUGGUUACAUUUAAUGAUGAGGUAACAGUCUAUGGGGAUGGUCUCAGUGAGCCUACAAGACUGCGUGAUUAUCAGCUAUUGGAUUCUGACUAUCUAAAGGAGAGAGGGAGAGAGUUUCCUGCCCCACGAUGCAUUGCAGAAAGCCUAUAUGCACUAAAUUACAGGGUCCAUGAAAUGCGAGAGCAAGGAGCAACCGCGCUAGGACCAGCUGCGUUGAUAUCAGUAUCGAUAGCAUCAAAGAAACCUGGGUCAAAGGUAAUCAUCUGCACAGAUGGGAGGGCAAACACAGGCCUCGGAUACCUGGAGAGUGUGGAGGAAGACAUCUACGAGUGUUCCAGACAGUUUUACACUGAUGUAGGAGAGCAAGCCACUUUAAGCGGGGUGAUUGUAUCGGUUCUGACAAUAGAAGGCACGGACUGUCGACUGGCAGAACUCGGCAAACUGGCAGAUCAGACAGGAGGAAGGGUCAAUAUUGUUGAUCCAACUAAUUUACCAAAAGAGAUUCAGGCCACUCUGGAGGAUGACGUAAUUGCAACCAAUGCCACUGUUACCUUUGUGGUCCCUGAACAGAUGUAUUUUGGAUAUGAGGAAGAAAUGGGGAACAAGUAUGUGAAGCGGAUUGGAAAUGUGACCAAAGAUACAGAACUGACAUUUGAAUUUGGAAUCAAGGAAUGUCACAUCGAAGCUGUCCAGGCGAUUGAGAAGUUGCCCUUUCAGCUUCAAGUCAGCUUCACCACUCAGGAUAACAGACAGGCCUGUCGAGUCAUCAGUCAGGAGAAACACAUCACAAAUAACAGCUCCUUGGUUGAGGACAAUGUGAACAUAACUGUGCUUGGAAUACACGCAGCACAACUUAGUGGCCGCUUGACAAUGGAGGGUAAAGUGAAAGAAGCACGCAGGGAGAUGGAGGCACAGAAGGAGCUCAUCCAAAAGAUUGUUGAAAAAAAACAGAACCAAAAAGAGGAAGACAUUUAUCAGAACUGGCUGUGUUCUGUGGCAGUUGUGUGUGAGGACCUGACAAACACUCAGCAGGAGGAAAAUAUAGCACAAGGAAGAAAUGAAACGGAAAACAGUGACUCUGUCUUUAAGGUUUUAUCCGAUGAGGUUGCAAACAUGGUUUAUCGUCUGAAAAACGCAAAGAGCAAAAUGCUGAAAAAGCCAGUGUCUAAACCAAAACCUACACUGGUGCCAAUGCUUUGAAUACAGAUCAAUUUGAAGUGGGAGAUCACCUAAAUAUUUGUAAUGUAAACUGUGCAAUCUUUUCAUUCAUUUGUAUUUUACAAAAUAUAGCCAUUAUGAAAAUAAAUUAUAUUUCAAAAAAAA